CUGUCUUCUUAGAUCUGGACGCCCUCUUCCUCUUCCAGUUUUGGAAAACAGCCACGAAGCUUUGACAUGGCCCUUGCUGGGAUCCUGACCGAUGCCGAAAUCACAGCUGGCCUGCAAUGUUGUCAAGCUCCUGAUUCCUUCAAUUACAAGACUUUCUUUGCCAAAUCGGGUCUCCGGGACAAACCUAGGGACCUGUGGAGAGAAGUGUUUGCAGUACUGGACCAAAACAAGAGUGGAUUCAUUGAGGAAGAUGAACUAAGGAAUUUUCUGCAGAAUUUCAGUUUAUCUGCCAGACGUUUGACUGACGAAGAGACCAAGAAUUUCCUAGCAGCAGGAGACAUUGAUGGAGACGGCAAACUUGGCAUGGAAGAGUUCACAGCCUUGCUGAAUCCUUAAAGGAAUCCAGGGGACUACCAGCCACCUCGUAUUGCCAAACGCUCUUUCUUAUUGCAUUGACCAUCGCCAGUACUUUGUUUCUUCUUGUUUAAUGAACUCUGUUAAUUCUCAACUGUGCUGCUGGAUCUUUGUUACCAUCUAGCAUUGUAAAUUCGCAAUUUAAAAAUGCUUAACAUCAAGAAGAGAGAAAGUUGGAAUCGAAGAACUUUGCUGUUUCCUUCGCAAGAAAUGCUCUUACGUAUACCCUCUAAAUGUGAGUUCAAGGAGAGCUCUAGAUUGAGAAAUAACCAACACUCUUCCAAUUAAAUGACAGACAACAGGAAAAAUCACAUUGAUUUUUUGUUUGUUUGUUUAAGCAGAUGUCUUUAAUGCAAAUGUUUAAAUGGGUCAUUGCCUUGCACAACCAGCUUUGUAACUUACUAUACAGUAGUGACACAAGAUAAUAUUGUCCAUUCGCAAAUAUAAACA